AUGAUGUGCAAAGUACUGAUCUUCAGCUGCAUUUCAGUAGCAGUGCUUAUGACUACAGCUUACGGAGCAUCGCUAUCAUCAGAAAAAUUGGAAAUUCUUCCAACAUUAAUAAAAGAUUUAGGAAUACUGGAAAAGAGCAAAAACGAGAUUCAUCUCGAGCUCUACACACCAAAUGAGAUCCAGGAGUGCAGUCGGCAAACUCUGCAGUGUUACCUGGAAGAAAUGGUUACUCUGGAGAAAGAAAUUGAAGAUGAGCCUGAAAUUGAAAAUGAAGUUGAAAAUGCUCUUCAAAGUAUCAAAAAGAACCUCCAGAGACUUAGGGAUCUAAAUCCCAUAGAAGGUGACUGCAAGAUCUGUGAAGCUAACGACAAGAAAAAUUUUCCUGAUUUUCUCCAACAACUGACCAACUUUCUGAGAUCUAUGCAAAAAUAA